AUGGCGGAAGAUCAGAUUGUCAUCAACGCGACCACCUUUUUCGACCGCCUUUCACGAUUCUAUGCUUCAUGGAAGGCAGACAAGCGAUCUGGUGCUGACGCGCUAUUUGGAGGGGUGGGCUCGAUCGUUGUGCUUGCAGGCAAGGCCGAACAAGAGAGCUCCUACCAAAAGAACAAUGCGCUACAUUUCUGGCUACUUGGAUAUGAGUUUCCAGCGACUUUGAUGCUCUUUACCACGGAGGCUUUCUACGUUGUGACCACUGCCAAAAAAGCGAAACAUCUUGAAAACUUGAAGGACGGCAAGAUACCCGUUGAGAUACUUGUCGUAACCAAAGAUCCAGAGUCGAAGACCAAAGCGUUCGAGAAAUGCCUGGACAUCAUCAAAGGUGCGGGCAAAAAAGUUGGUACAAUCACAGCGAAGAAAGAGCCCACUGGUCCAUUCGUGGAUGAGUGGAAAAAAGCCUUUGGCGAUUUAUCUAAGGAAGUGCAAGAGGUUGAUAUCUCCCCAGCUCUAUCGAUCGCUGCAUUUGCUGUUAAGGAUGAGAAUGAGCUGCUUGCAGUAAGGACUGCCUCUCGGGCAUGCGGUGGACUUGUCACGAAUUAUUGGGUCGAAGAAAUGGCAAACGUGCUAGACUCUGAGAAGAAGAUCAGCCAUGCCGCUCUGUCACAGAAAAUGGAGGCAAAGAUUGACGAUGCGAAGUUCUUUAAGAAAAUGUCCAAAAUGCCAUCAGACUUCGACACGCAACAGUUGGAAUGGACCUACGGCCCGGUUAUUCAAAGUGGUGGAAAAUAUGAUUUGCGAUUCUCUGCAGAGCCAGACAACGAAAAUCUCCAUUCCGGUACCAUCAUAGCGGGCCUCGGAUUGCGAUACAAGACCUACAGCUCCGUGGUUGCGAGAACGUACUUGGUGGACCCAAGUAAGUCUCAGGUAGCUAACUAUAAGCUUCUUCUUGCUGCUCACGAAGCUGUGUUGUCCGAGAUCAAGGAUGGAGCCCUUGUCAAGGACAUCUACAACAAAGCCUUGGGGGUGGUCAGAUCCAAGAGACCAGAGCUCGAGAAGAAUUUUGCAAAGAACGUGGGUGCGGGAAUUGGUAUUGAGUUGAAGGAUUCGAGUUUUGUUCUGAGCGGGAAAAAUACUCGCACCCUGAAGGAUGGCAUGACUUUAAGCGUCACCACCAGUUUCGCAGAUCUAACCAACGACAAACCUCAGGAUUCACGCGGGAAAAUCUACAGCCUUUUACUGACCGAUACUGUGCGAGUCCCGUCCCGAAACGACAAAGUUGCAGUCUUUACCAAGGAUGCUGCUUCAGAUAUGGACUCAGUAGAAUUCUACUUUAAAGAUGAAGAAGAGCCGACUCCCAAAAAAGACAAGUCGAAGAAGGCAGUGGCCAGUUCGAUUGCAACAUCGAACAUCAAAUCUGCGCGACUUCGAGGAGCUGAUCGAAAAGAUGCCGGCAAAGAAGUGGAGGAAUCCAGAAGGCGGGAGAAUCAAAAAAACCUUGCCAUGAAGAAGCAGAAAGAAGGACUCGAAAAGUAUGCCGAGGCUACCGGUGGCCAGAAUGGCACGGCGCAGAAGCAGUUCAAGAAAUUCGAGUCUUAUAAGCGCGACAAUCAACUUCCACCCCGAGUCAAAGACAUGAUUGUGUGGGUCGACACCAAGGCGUCCACUGUCAUUCUACCUAUCAUGGGUCGACCUGUACCAUUCCAUAUCAACACCAUCAAGAGCGUUAGCAAGUCUGAUGAGGGUGAAUAUACUCACCUCCGUUUCAAUUUCUUAGCUCCUGGACAGGGCGUUGGAAGGAAAGAUGAUCAACCUUUUGAAGAUCCCCAGGCGCACUUCAUUCGAUCCCUAACGGUAAGAUCAAAAGAUACAGAUCGCCUGGCCGAUGUCGCGGCUCAAAUCACAGAGCUCCGAAAAUCCCUGUCUCGAAGAGAACAGGAAAAGAAAGAGCUUGAAGACGUAGUCGAACAAGAAAAAUUAAUCGAAGUACGAAAUAAGAGGCCUAUCAAGCUGCCCGACGUCUACGUACGGCCUGCGCAGGAUGGCAAACGAGUUCCUGGUGAGGUGGAGAUCCACCAGAACGGUGUGCGAUAUACCUCUCCAAUGAGAAAUGACCACGUUGAUGUCGUGUUCUCAAACAUCAAACACAUGUUCUUCCAGCCUAGUGUUGGCGAGUUACUUGUCAUCCUGCAUCUCCACCUGAAAAAUCCGAUCAUGAUCGGUAAGCGCAAAACAAAGGAUGUGCAGUUCUACCGCGAAGCCACCGAUAUGGCCUUCGACGAGACAGGCAAUCGAAAGCGCAGACAUCGCUUCGGGGACGAAGAGGAAUUUGAAGCGGAACAAGAAGAGCGGCGGCGUCGGGCCGAACUUGAUAAGCAGUUCAAGAAGUUUGCGGAGCAGGUCACUGAGGCUACUAAAGAGCUAAAUAUCGUCGCCGACGUGCCAUUCAUGGAGAUUUCCUUUUUUGGUGUGCCUUUCCGAUCGAACGUUAUGAUGCGGCCUACUACCGACGCUUUGGUGCAAUUAACAGAGCCGCCAUUCACGGUCAUUACUCUAGAGGAAAUUGAGAUAGCACAUCUGGAACGGAUACAGUUCGGACUCAAAAACUUUGAUAUGGUGUUUGUCUUCAAAGAUUUCCAUCGCACGCCAGCUCACAUCAACACAAUUCCUGUGGAGAGCCUAGACGCAGUCAAAGAUUGGCUGGACAGCGUUGACAUUCCCUACACUGAAGGACCUCUGAACUUGAACUGGGCCACCAUCAUGAAGACGGUGACGGCCGAUCCGCAUCAAUUCUUCGUCGAUGGCGGCUGGACGUUUUUGAGAACGGACUCGGACGAUGAAGACGCCAGCCAAGAGAGCGAGGAAAGUGCUUUUGAAAUGUCGGAUGCCGAAUUGGCUGAAAGUGAAGAGAGCAGUGAGGAAGAUAGUGAAUUCGAUGAUGAUGCCAGCGCAGACGAAGGAGAGGAGGACAGUGAAGAAGAAGAGGAAGGGGAGGAUUGGGACGAAUUGGAGAAGAAAGCCAAGAAAGCGGAUAUGAAUGGGUUGGAGGAGGAUGAAGAUCGGGGCAAGAAACGGAAGCGUUGA